GAGAGGAGGAGAGAGGAGAGGAGGAGAGAGGAGGAGAGAGGAGAGGUUCUUCAGGUUCUUCAGGAAGAAGCAACGUCAGAGUGUCCUGAUGGACGAGACGGUGAAACCUCUGAGGGUUCCUCCUCAGGUGUCCCUCUACGGGGACAAACACAACAUCUCACACCUGGUGCAGGGUCUGAUGUCCAGUCUGGUGAUCCAUCAGCCUGAAGAUCCGAUCGACUUCCUGAUCAGAGACCUUCGGAGGAACCGAGAGGACGUCCCCAGGGUGCUGCUGCUCGGUCCUCCUGCCGUCGGGAAACACACCCUGGCCCGGAGGCUGAGUGCUGAGCUGAGAGCCGUCCAUGUGACCAGAGACAGUCUGCUGGACCAAUCGGAGCGUCUUCAGGAGCUUCCUGUUGAGCUGCUGGUCCGACUGGUUCAUCAGAGACUGACUGAGACUGACUGCUUCAACAGGGGCUGGGUGUUGGAGGGAAUCCCUCAGACUCGUCAGCAGGCUCUGAGUCUCCAGCAGGCCGGGGUCAUCCCUGAACAUGUUGUGGUGUUGGAGGCUCCUGAUGGCGUGCUGUUGGAGAGGUUUCGGGGGAAACUGGUCGACCCGCUGACGGGGGACGUGUACCAUCAGACCUUCGUCUGGCCGGUGGACGACUUCGUUGCUCAGCGUCUGGAGGAGGACCGGAGCACGUCAGAGGAGCAGCGAUUGGCUGAGCUGCAGCGUUACCGCUGUGAGGUCACAGGUCUGAGCUCAGCCUAUCAGCACGUCCUGAAGGUCGUCAACGCCGACCAGCCGCACACUGACGUUUACCAGCAAGUUGCGUCUUUCGUCAGGACUCGUCAUCGCUCCAGAACUCCCAGAAUCCUCCUGGUUGGUCCUCCGGGGUCGGGGAAGAGUCUCCAGGCCAGACUGCUCUCAGAGAAAUACAAGAUGGUGGAUGUGUGCUGUGGUCAGCUGUUGAGGUCUGUAUCAGCUGAGGGUUCAGUUCUGGGAGAAGAGAUCCGAUCACACCUGGAUGAUGGGAGGCCAGUUCCAGACUCCCUGGUGCUGCAGGUUCUGGAGGAGCGACUGAGUCGAGUGGACUGUAGCUGCAGAGGCUGGAUCCUCCACGGCUUCCCCCGAGACCUGCAGCAGGCCAAGACCCUGCAAGAGACCCUCCAACCCAACAGGUAAUACUACGACUGCUACUACUGCUACUGCUACUACUA